UACCUUUGGAUCUUUGCUAAGAUACGUGUUAAAAGCCAUGAUAACAAAUCUCAAUGCAGAUCCAAAGGCUAUAAAUCAAUAAACAUCAUUCUUUUUUCACAUCUCAAACCGUGGUGAGGCGGUGGGCCCCGACCUGCAUCCGUCAAAUCCAUGUUAAAUCCUUAAUAACCGAAAUGUCAAAAGUAACCCCACUUUGAUCAGCUACUAAGCGGUCCGAUAACCACCGUGAAACCAUAACUGCUCACCGCGACGAAAGCAUUGCGACAACGAGACAAUCCUCCGGUCUCUUUCCCACUGGGCCCUACUUUGGAUCACUCCGGCGGUCACGCAACGGCGAAGGGAAACCGACAACAAUCAGCCCGAGGUCAUCCUGGUCAAUUCGCCCUUUCAGAGCGGGUGUAAAAGAUUGUAACAGUAUUUUCGCAGAUUAAACUUAAUUAUAGUGUAGACCCAUUUGUCGUAGGCGCCUUCAACCUCUUCCUAAACAUGCUCGCCAGAAAAAUAACGUCGUCUUCCCGGCAAUGCUUCCCACUCUGCUGAGCUCAUCUCCACAACGCUUCAAAGGAAAAAGAAGUUUCUACCGCUCUUUCUCGCUUGAAGAGGUUAGGAUCCAUAGAGAAAUUGAUUGAUCGAUCUCAGUUUGGCCGGAAUGGGCGCCGGGGGACACAAAUCCGGCGGCAUUCUGACGGAGAAGACGUCGGUGCUCGGUCUACGCCUUUACGUUCUAAUCGCAAUAGCUGCCUUCGCUCUCGUCACCGGAGGCCUCACGGCGUUGUUCCUCUUCCUGCGAUCAAGCAACAGGCGACAUAGGCCGACACGGUUGAAGCACUCGUCGGGAUUGAUGCCGACCUUCACGAUGGAUAUCGGCGAGAUCGGAUUGGACGGAACUGGGCGCAUAGGAGGAAAGGGGUUUGAAAGGAAUGAGAAGAAGGGGGCAAAAGUGGUUGAGGGAGAGUGCUCCAAGUCAAAAGCAGGGGCUGAGAUGAUGGGGCAUAUUGGGUGGGGGCGUUGGUUCACGAUGGCGGAAUUGGAGACGGCGACGAGUGGAUUCGGCGAAUGGAAUGUGAUUGGCGAGGGUGGUUACGGCGUUGUCUACAGGGGCGUUCUCCCUGAUCUAUCUGUCGUCGCCGUUAAGAAUCUAUUGAAUAAGAAGGGUCAAGCAGAGAGGGAAUUCAAGGUGGAGGUAGAAGCCAUCGGAAGGGUGAGACAUAAGAAUCUCGUGGGUCUUCUGGGCUAUUGUGCCGAGGGCCCUAAAAGGAUGCUAGUAUACGAGUAUAUGGAUAAUGGAAAUCUGGAGCAGUGGUUGCAUGGAGAUGUUGGCCUUGUUAGUCUAUUGACAUGGGAAAUCAGAAUGAAGAUUGCGAUUGGCACAGCAAAAGGAUUAGCACAUUUACAUGAAGGGUUGGAGCCCAAAGUUGUACACAGAGAUAUCAAGUCCAGUAAUAUUCUUCUAGACAAGCAAUGGAACCCCAAAGUAUCAGACUUUGGACUUGCCAAGCUCCUCGGUCCUGGUUCAAACUUUGUGACCACUCGAGUAAUGGGAACUUUUGGGUAUGUAGCUCCUGAAUAUGCAUCAACUGGCUUGCUUAAUGAGAGCAGCGAUGUUUAUAGUUUUGGAGUUCUACUUAUGGAAAUAAUCUCUGGAAGAAACCCUGUUGACUAUAGAAGACCAUCUGGAGAGGUGAAUUUAGUAGAAUGGUUUAGAGGAAUGGUUGGAACUAAACAUGUUGAAGAUGUUCUAGAUCCAUUGAUUGAAAUUCAGCCAUCUCCAAGAAGUUUGAAAAGAACUUUGCUUGUCUGCCUCCGUUGUGUUGAUUUGGAUGCACAAAAACGACCAAAGAUGGGACAAAUAGCACACAUGCUUGAAGGGGAUGAGUUCCCAUUUCGCCUGGAACACAGAUCACCCAGAGAAGUGUCGCUGCUAACUUGCCUUCCAGCUUCUGUUGCUCCUGCUCGAGUCCCACUUCUCACUGACAAAGUCGGCAGCAACCCUCCGGAAAGAUCAAUUUGGAGAUGAACCAUAAAGAAGUAGAGAGAAUGCUGCCUGAUCUGUACAUUUCGAACGGUUAAUCUCUCACGAAAUUUUACAUCUUACACUGCUUUAGCAUAUAUAUAUAUUUAUGAAUGCCCGCCAUUCAUUCUUCUUCACAUGUUAUGCACCUGCUUGUGUUGAUUUUCUUCCUCGAUGUAAAUAAAAUUGAACCUGUCUUAUGCUUACAAAUUAACCUGGAACCAAAAUCAACAUUAGCUAGCAA